CCUCCCUCCCCUUUCAGUGCACUCUGAAAUUACCAAUGGAAUGAAGUUUGGACUUUUUUCCUUCAAGAGACUCAGUAGUUUUACCAGCUAGAACGGGUGAAUCUGAAGGAAUUCUCCUCUGGGCUUGCAUUAUGGAAAAUAGCUCUCAGUCCAGCAGUCAACAGGCUCUAUGGAAAGAUGUGGAGGUCGGAAAAGAGAAGAAGACCAGGUGCCGGAGUUACCAGCGAGGAGCCCUGAUUCUAGGUGUGGUCUUCUUGAUGUUAACACUGGGCAUCUUCAGCCUCAGACACUUCUGGAGCCCAAAUCUGGGGAGGGUGUACGACCAACAUUACAAGGCCAUGCUGGACGGUAUGGAGACAGACAGUAUCAUGGAGAUUGACCCCGCCCAUCGCACUGAGAUCUUCAGGAUGGGGAACGGCAGUGAUGAGGUGCUCGUGGUCCAUGACUUCAAACAUGGAAUCACAGGGAUCUGGUUCGCCAAACACCAGCGGUGUUACAUCAAGACCCAGACCACAGAGCUUCCCAAAGUGACAGAGGUGGUGACAGUGGACACAGAGCUACUGGUGGGUGAGACAGAGGGCAUAGACAUGCAGGUGAUGGAGGACUCCCAGGUGUGGGUGCCUGCCGAGGAGCCCAUCACUAACCCUGCCUUCCUCCUCAACUCCAAGAUCUGGGAGAUAUGCCAGGAGCUGCCCAUCCACUGGAUCCAUCCCUCCCCCAUGAGAGAUGCUGAGUUCCACGAGGUGGAGGAUGAGGAGGACAUACCUGAUGCUGAGGUCAGAGGUAACCGCGUCGCUCGUGACGUCCUGGACCAGGUUCCUGUCAACGACUACAGAGACAUUGGAGUUGAGCUGGAUAACCGUCUGGAUGAUCAUGGCUACUGCUGCCAGCACUGUCGUCGUGGUUACCGCUACUGCCAGCGCUACUACGAGCCUCUGGGGGGGUUCAACCCCUACCCCUACUACUACCAAGGAGGACGUGUCAUCUGUCAGAUCAUCAUGCCCUGCAACUGGUGGAUAGCCCGUAUGCUCGGGAGGAUCUGAUUGGAUAGUGGAACUGGAUUCAACUAUGUUUCAGCACAAAUAACAGGUGCGUUCAUUUAAGGCUGGAUUUACACUGCAGUAGGCUUAGUGUCUCAGCAAACGCAAAGAGACUUUAGUGCAUGCCAGAAUUUGUAUUAACUCUAAGCAAGGGUAAGUGACAUUUUGCUUUUGUGAACGCUUGGUAGAGUGUAAACCCAGCCUAGGCCCACCCGGGGCACAAGGUGGGUGAAGUUUGCACAUUUGAGACAAUUACAUUGGUCCUAAGGUGCAAACUCCGCCCAACUGGUUCAUUCGGUGAGGUAAAAUGAAUGCACCCCUUGCUUCUCCCCAAUCAGUAUUCCAAAGCCUUUGUGAUAUCAAAACAUUUCUAGUACAGAAUUAUUAUGCAUCCUAUCUUUGAAAAGAAUCAAAUCUACUGUCAGUCUCUCAUAAGUCUAAAUGGAGUUUUGGGAGCAUGUAGGUGAUUUCUCUAAAAGGCCUUGAUGUGUCAUCGGUGUGCUGAAGUGCAAUUUUUCUUUUAACAUGUAUUAAAUCUUUUUUUAAGAAUUUGUAACAGUAGCUAAAGAGCUAGUUUUUACUGUUUCUCACAGUGCUGCAUUUCUUUCUCAUUUCAUUUCCUUCUUAAUCUUUUUUAUGGGUGGCGUAUAACCGACUUUCUCUUGCUGUGUGGAGCAGACCUGUGUUCAAAUAGUAUUUGAUUUCUUUCAAAUACUUUGAGCCUUUGAUUGAGCUUUCCUGGAGUGCUAGAUCGAUCAGGGUUUGCAUUUUUGGUACUAUCCCGGUGGUCCAAUCGCACAAGACAAACACAGCUAAAGUAUUUGAAAGAAAACAAAUACUAUUUGAACCCACGUCUGCUGUGGCCUAUGACAACUAACAAUGUAUUUUAUGUAGAACAUACUGAAGUGCUGUAGCCUGCUCACUCUGUCAAGAGCAUUUAACCCUUUCUAGACAAAAAAUAAUAUAUGUCCUAUUUUUUGUGAAUGAUCUGUUUUGACUAUUGUUUACUACAAUUAGCAUGUUUAACUUGAAAUAUAUAUGUAUUGAUGUGGAGGUAUAUAAAUACAUAACAAAAAACUAUCAGAAUGAGUCGACUAAUUAUAAUAAAGCAGCGGCUAAAGAUAUGCUUCAUUCUUCUAA